CCCGCCGUUGCCGCCUUCCAUUCUUCCGUCGGGUCUUCCUUCCCCCACUCGCUUUGUUCAUCCAUCCAGUCUCCUCCAUGUCAAUUAUCAACCCCCGUUGCGACGGAAGGAACUGGUGAGGUCACUUGGGCGGGCGCCAAGGACCAUAAACGCGAGCAACGGACGGGGUGCAGACACGGCAGGCACGACCGACCGCCCGUUCGACGACUUCGUGCAAAGGUACAGUACGUGCUUGCAGGUAUCCCCACUUACCCAAGCCCAAGUCGGGUGCAUCCCGAAAGGGAACCGUGCAGCUGCCCCGGACGGGCUCACUGUCCGAAAGAGUGUGCAUCUGUCCUCGCUUCUCAUUCCUCAUCAAGGAUCGACCUCAUUCAUCGUCUUGGCUGCUAUUCUCACGCCCUUAUCUGUUCUUUCUUCUUCAUGAAGCUGCUAUAGCCUCCACCCCCUCCACCUCCGCCGCCUAAUGUAGCACAAUCGCUCCCCGCCUUCUUGUGCCUCAAGAGUCAACACUACAACUGCCAUUGCGGCUACCCCCCCGUCAGAGCUCUCGACUCACCAGCUCUUCCGCUGUUUCGAAUUGGAGGAACACUUCAUGAUUGCAAUUACUGCAGUUUCGUCUAUCGGCCAUCUGCAAAGCUAGGAUGGCUUUGCGGCCUUUGCCGUCGGCCACGUCGCCAACAAGACCCCCUCAUCAGUCUCCUUCACCCGACGCUUCGCGAGCCACGGUACCGACUACGUCCACGUCGCCGCCGUCAGCAUUAGGCCAAGCCGCCGACGGUCCUUCAACGCAAGCACCCAUGAAGCGGAAUCGAAGGAGCAACCCAAAAGUAAAGACAGGUUGCGCCAACUGCAAGAAGCGGCGCAUCAAAUGCGACGAGAGGCGGCCUUCCUGUACUCAAUGUGAGAGGAGCAACAAGCUUUGCACUGGCUACCCGCCCCCCAGUCGCAGCGAUCGACCAUUUACCGACGUGCGCAUCGCGCCCAAGCCGCUCGUCACCGCGCAGCAGCUAGCUGGCCAGGCCCACGCCUCAGGCAUUUCCGGCAUCGUAUUUCGGACACCGACCGUUCUGCCGCCACGUCGUGCGAAUCGACGAAAACGACCUGUGAUCCCGAUGCUUCAGCCUGCUGCCAUCAGGUCCUCGCUUACCGUCUACCAACCGUCCCAAGGGCUGCACUUCGUCAACACCGAUGCCCUCUACUUCGAGCUGUUCCGCGUCCAAACAGCCGCGGAGCUGUCGGGCUACUUCAACUCCAACUUUUGGACACAGCAUGUUCUGCAAGAAUGCCACUCGGAAAAUGCCAUCCGGCAUGCAGUGGUUGCACUUGGUGCUCUUUACAAGACGCUUGAGCAAUCGUCCCAGCCCUCGCCUUCGGCGGAGUCUGCCGUGGCCCACUGGCAAGUUGCCGUGAAACAGUACUCCGAGUCUUGCAAUGCUAUGCUCCUACUCGCCGGCGAGAAUGCACGAUCGUACAGGACGCGGCUCAUGGCGAGCGUGUUACUGGCUUGCUUCGACUCCUUCAUCGGUGACCACAAGCAAGCAAUCGUUCAGAUACAGACGGGUCUCAACUUGCUGGAGCAAUUGCGCAAUCACACUCGAAACCAGUCUCCAAAACCCAACGACAACAUCGAGGAAGAAGAUCUUGUGGUCAUCUUCACCCGAAUGGCUAUUCAGGCGAAAUCCUACGACAUGGCCUUUCAUUUCCCACAGCCCUAUGUCAUUCGUCUUACCCCACACAGUCCAAGUACGAGCGUAUCGCCUGAGUCGUGGGCAACAAGCUCUCCGGGCUCCUCGCCCGUACCAUCUCUACCAGCUCGAUUCGAGUCGGUUUUAGAGGCGAAAUUGGCAUCCGACAGGAUCUGCGAGAAGCUGAUCCGCUUCAUUGAGCGCCUGCAUAUUGCUAAACCUAGUCCUAGCCGCGUGUUGCCGGCGUCGUGGAAACAGUACGGCUUGCAAUUCAGGGGCCAGUUGGAUGCCUGGUCCGAGGCCUUUGAGCCGAUCUUGAGGUCCCGGCACGACCCUGGCUUGGACCAGUUGGAGCGCUCCGCUAUCUCAGCCCUCAAGAUGUUUCAGAUCAACACGAACAUCUUAUUUAUGAUGAUGUUUUGUGAUACUGAGGUACACUUUGAUGGUUUCACGCCGCAUUUUAAGGCCAUUGUCGACCUGGGCUGGGAGGUUGUCGACGCAGACGAGAAGCGAGCCGCCGUACAGCGCUGUUCAAAUCCUGGCCUUUGCCAUUGUCAUCAUAACCAAACCAAGGGCGAUUUUAGGCUCGGUAAAUUGUCGUCACGCCAUAUCAAGCCCAGCUUCUCGGCCGAUAUGGGCAUCGUUCCCCCGCUGUUUGUUGUGGCCACAAAGUGUCGCGAACCGCGCGUUCGUCGACAGGCUAUCCUGCUCUUGAGGAGCAGCGCCAGACGGGAGGGAAUGUGGGACAGCGAACUGGCGGCCAACAUUGGGCAGUGGGUCAUGGAGGUGGAGGAGUUCGAUGAAAUGAUGCCGCCGGGCACAAUGCCUACGCGCCCGAUACCCGAGGAGAAACGCGUUAUGGUCAAGACGGUUGACUUCGACCUCAGAGCACGAUUUGCUGAUCUCCGCGUCGGCACACGAGCCUUAUAUGACGGAUGCCCGGAUGACCGUUCCAGAAAAACGCGAAUUACCUGGUAAUGGCGUACGUCCGGGAGGCAUGGAAUUGGAAGCCGGACCUUGAUACCAGGCGCUGGCUCAUUCCAAAACCUCACAAGCUGUGUGUUUUGGAUAUCCCUUUGGAUUUAGGCCUGGUCGCGGAUCAAGCGGGCAUUAAGGAGUGCCGCUUGGGUCGCGGAAGGACGCUGGGGCGGCUACGGGACCAGGGCCUGCUCGUUUGCACGAAGCCAAAUAAUAUCAAGAAAUUGAUGUUCCACAUGCAGUGCUGCGUGAAUGAGGAUCGCUUCCAUUUAGAUUUAAAGCUCUUACGCCUGCUAAUUCCAUGCACAAACUACUUUUGUUGGCACAUCCUUACAUAGGUAAGCCACUGCUUGCUC